GGCGCCUUCCGUUCAGCCGUCAUCACGUUGCUCCGGGGGUAGGUCCACGGCCCAGGGCACCCCCUGCCCGGCGCGCCGCCUCACCAGCGCCGUUGCUAAGAGGCCUUGGAUACCUGGCCGCUGGAUGCGGGGUGGUGUCAGGUGAAGAUGGUGGUCAUUGGGCCUCAGGUAACCAUGGAGAAAGAGCUUCGGAGCACCAUUGUUUUCAAUGCAUCCAAAAAAGAAGUAUUUACCACCAACAAUGGCUAUAAAUCCUUGCAGAAAAGACUUCGGAGUAAUUGGAAGAUUCAGAGCUUAAAAGAUGAAAUCACAUCUGAGAAGCUAAUUGGGGUGAAACUGUGGAUUACAGCUGGGCCAAGGGAAAAAUUUACUGCAGCUGAGUUUGAAGUCCUGAAGAAAUACCUUGAUGGCGGCGGUGAUAUCCUUGUGAUGCUAGGAGAAGGUGGGGAAUCCAGAUUUGACACCAAUAUUAACUUUCUUCUAGAAGAAUAUGGAAUCAUGGUUAAUAAUGAUGCUGUGGUUAGAAAUGUAUAUUAUAAGUAUUUCCAUCCUAAAGAAGCUCUAGUUUCCAACGGAGUCCUGAAUAGGGAAAUUAGCCGAGCUGCAGGGAAGGCCGUGCCUGGAAUCAUUGAUGAGGAAAGCAGUGGAAACAAUGCCCAGGCUCUCACCUUUGUCUAUCCUUUUGGUGCCACAUUGAGUGUCAUGAAACCAGCAGUGGCUGUUCUGUCCACAGGCUCUGUCUGUUUCCCGCUUAACAGACCCAUUCUGGCUUUCUAUCACUCGAAGAACCAAGGUGGGAAGCUGGCAGUGCUUGGCUCAUGUCACAUGUUCAGUGACCAAUAUUUGGAUAAAGAAGAAAACAGCAAAAUCAUGGAUGUUGUUUUCCAGUGGCUCACAACGGGAGACAUCCACCUAAACCAGAUAGAUGCUGAGGACCCAGAGAUUUCUGACUACAUGAUGCUGCCCGACACAGCCACCCUGUCAGAGCGGCUUCGAGUGUGUCUCCAGGAGGGCGAUGAGAACCCAAGAGACUUUACCACCCUCUUCGACCUGUCCAUUUACCAGCUGGAUACCACCUCCCUCCCCAAGGUCAUCAAGGCCCACGAACAGCUAAAUGUGAAACAUGAACCUCUCCAGCUCAUCCAGCCUCAGUUUGAGACGCCGCUGCCAGCCCUUCAGCCAGCGGUUUUCCCUCCCAGUUUCAGGGAAUUACCACCUCCUCCGCUGGAGCUAUUUGACUUAGAUGAGACGUUCUCUUCUGAGAAGGCCCGCCUUGCUCAGAUUACCAAUAAGUGUACCGAAGAAGACCUGGAAUUCUAUGUCAGAAAAUGUGGUGACAUUCUUGGAGUAACCAAUAAACUACCAAAGGACCAACAGGAUGCCAAACAUAUCCUUGAGCACAUCUUCUUCCAAGUGGUGGAGUUCAAGAAAUUGAACCAGGAACAUGACAUUGAUACAAGUGAACCAGCAUUCCAGAACAAUUUCUGAGGACCUUGCCUCUUGAAGCAUCUUCUGCCUCCUGAUUCUCUUUGUAAACUAUUUUUGAAUUCUUCAACUCCUUAUCAAAAUUGUCUAUACACUCUUUACCCCAUGAGUUGUAGGUCUAUGCAUCUCCUGUAGUGCCCAGGUAGAUAUAACAUUUCUAACAAGAUCCUUAUGUAAGAUACAUUCCAUUUUUAAAAUUAAAUCUGACUGAAUCCCUACUUUUAUAAUUUAUGAAAGUCUUUCAUUGAAGUCUUUUCUUUGAACUCUAGUUCUGAUUUUGAGUCUCCUUUAUCAAAGGCAUAAAUAACUGUCAAGCUUAUGAAUAUUGUUCAGCUUUUGGACUAGCUCAGGAUAUAAAACAACCCACAAGGUCUGGUAGACCAGAUAUCUUCCUUACAUGGAUCAUUCACCCCUUCAUCUCCUAGCCGUCCACAGGACACAACCAUUUGGAGGCUGUCGUGUCUACCUACACUAUGUCACCCUCCUCUGAGCUCUUGAAGCACUGAAUUCCGUCAUCAUUUGGGUUAUAAUAUGACCAUCUGUCCCAAGGACAAUGGGAGACAGUACCUGCUUGAAUGGGGCAGCUGAUGUGGAAAUGCACAGCAAUGUACUGGAUAUAAUGGGAACCAGCUUUAGGGAACCCUGAAAGCCAGACAGAAGAUUGCAGAACCAGCGCGCCUCGGUGGCUCAGAUGGUUAAGCGUCUGCCUCUGGCUCGGGUCAUGAUCCCAGGGUCCUGGGAUGGAGUCCCACAUCGGGCUCCCUGCUCCUUGGGAGCCUGCUUCUCCCUCUGCCUCUCUCUCUACCCCCCUCUGUCUCUCAUGAAUAAAUAAAUAAAAUCUUAAAAAAAAAAAUGAUGGUAGCAGUCCUAGCAGGUAACAGCAUAAAAAUAACUGUUGGAGAUUUUAUUUGUUGAAUUCAAAUACGUCUCUGAUCAGAGAAACUUGAGUGUCACAACGAAGAGGAGCUAUAAUGAGAAAGGGGAGCUAAAGUGUUGGGAACAAAGGUCUCUCUCCCCCCAAGACCAAGAAGGAAAAUUUGUGGUUCUUAUGAUUCAUAGACCUACGGUGUGGCUUUUGCUAGGUAACUUCUUGUUUAUAAAGCCAAGUAUGAGGGGUUUUAUUCAAACUCUGUUCCCUAAAAGGUUCUAGAGCGCUACAUAUAUGCUGUCAUGAAAUUUUUUAAAAUUAGGUAACACCAAGCACGGAACUGACGGAUAUUGAAAAGAAUUUUACCCUCUUCAGCCACUCAGUUCCCCUUUCUGCAACCAAUGUUAUCAGUUUCUUCCGCUGACUUAAAGAGACAGGAAGAAAUAUUUACUUUGAAAAUAAUUAUAUAUCUUGCUUAUACCAAAUUUUACCGUGAAGCCCACCACCGUUUUAUCUUAGCGCUCUACUCCUACAGCUCACAACCUAAUCUGGGAGAGAAAUUAACUUCGUAGAGUCGCAAACGGUUACGGGUUGCACGAAGGAAACUUGGAGCGUCAGGAGCCUGUCCAGCGCUGCCGAACUACUCGGGGAGUCAGGGCCAGCUGGAGGCAGAGCGGGUCAACAGGGCUCUGGGCCGGAGCAACUGCUGGACGCCUACCCCCGUCCGCCAUGAUGUCGGAGGUCGACCACCUAUCUGCCCCGCUCCCUCUCAACCCCUGCUUCUUUCUUUCACCCG